AAUGGUGCUUUGUGUAAUAAAAAACCCCAAACAAACACACAAACAAACAGCUGCCACCAUGUAAGGCUUUUGUUAUCCAGGUCAUACAAACUCAGCAGUUCAGAAACUUUAUUUUAUCCGCGGUUAGAAGGUGUUUUUAGCCGGUUUCGAGGCUAAUCUGUUAGCGUGUUAGCCUUCGUAGUUCAAAAGUCAGUAGUCAGACUUCAGCUUCCUCCUUUAAGCCAGCUUACGUGCUACCAGAGUUUGUAAACCUUUCUGUUUCAUCCUCCGUUUACUGUUUAUAGGCACGUAACAGGAAGAUUUCAACCAAACAAGUCUUGCAUCGUUAAGUGUAAACAAACAGGAAGUUAAUAGUUGUUUACACAUAUAUGGUCAUUCAUUGCUGACCACCAAAUCAGUUACCUCGUUAAUCAGAUGAAGGCUUUCGUAAUGUUAUGGUUGCCAGUUAUUAUCUCCUUACAUUUGGCUGAAAUCAAAAGUGAGCCCAAUUUUCUGUUUUGAUGAUCAUAAUAUUAUGAAAAACAGCUAUUUUUAUAAUCAUAAAAAUAGUUUCUACCUGUACUGUGUAGUCUGUGGUUUAUCAGCUUUUUGUGGAUGUUUGUUGUAAACCAGUGGUUCUCAAACUUUUAAAUCCAAGAUCAAACUUUGGAUCUCUGAUACCAUCUCAAACAGUAAAAGAGAAUCAAAGUUUCUUUUCAUUGGAUAAAGGCCAGCACACUGUCAGCAGCAACCCAUAAUAAUUCAGUGUAAAGGAUGUGCUGUAAUGUGUUAUUGGUAAAUGAUAAUUAAAUUGUGCUAUUUAAAAUACACUUUACAGAGAUUUAGUUCUAUUAAAUCUAAUAUGUACCUUAGAAAAUAAAACACUAACCCUUCAACACUAAUGUGAAAUAAAUAGUUUAAUUUAACAUGCUUCUGGUAUCUUAAAACACCAGAGUUUCCGAGGCUUUAUGCUUAAUGCUUUCACUAACCACGUGUAGUCGGUGACCCUUUAAAUCCUUCGGCAGAUUGAAAGAAUUUGUCCAGAAUUUAACCAAACUUGAACGCAGUGAUCAUCUAAUGGGUCUUCCACAAAAUUGUGCUCAAGGCCAAGAUUUGCGUAAACAAGCCAGGCAGCUGGAGAAUGAGCUUGACCUCAAGCUAGUCUCCUUCAGUAAGCUUUGCACCAGCUAUACCAGCAGCAGCCCAGACCAGCGGAUGAGAGACAGCAGGUCUGACUCUCUGGGCUCAUCUCAUGACAACUCGCUUGUGGCCAUGACGACUGAGCUGGACCAGCUCUUAGCCAAUCUUACAGCAGUCAAUGACAAAAUGGCAGAAUGCACUAGCACCCCUGGAGUUUCGUCACACAACGCAGGAUUGAUGCACACUUUACAGAGGCACAGAGACAUUUUACAGGACUACACUCAUGAGUUUCACAAAAUCAAAAGCAACUUCUAUAGCCUGCGAGAGCGAGAGGACCUUCUGGGCUCAGUUCACAGAGACAUCGAGUCCUACAAAAGCAGCUCAGGGGUGAAUAACAGGAGGACAGAGCUCUUCCUGAAGGAGCACGAGCAUCUAAGAAACUCAGACAGUCAUAUUGACAACGCAAUAAGUAUCGCCAUGGCUACCAAAGAGAACAUCACAUUUCAGCGUGGGAUGUUGAAGUCCAUUCAAACCAGGGUCACAACUUUGGCCAAUCGCUUCCCCACCAUCAACAGUCUCAUCCAGAAAAUCAAUUUGCGCAAGAGGCGGGACUCUAUAAUUCUGGGUGUGGUUAUUGGUGUCUGCACCAUACUCUUGUUGCUCUACACUUUCCAAUGAAUCGCCAUCAACUGACAAAAUAUACGCACUGUAACUCUAACCAAGUGUAUACCAUGUGGUUUUUAUUCUCUCUAUGGCACAAAAAUAUAACUGACACAAAAUAUUGAAAAUAAGAUGUAAUUUCUCAGAUUGGAGAGUUUAUUUAUUUUCUGGGGAUUUGUAUAUUGCUGCUUGUAUCCUGUUGUUAUUUUAACUCCUUAUAAAUUCACAUAAUAACCUUUCAUUUGGAUUGUGUAUUGUAUUGACUUAUUUUGUUAAAUAAAAGUGACAAACUCA